CUCUCCGGUCCGUGCCUCCAAAAUGACAAAGAAAAGAAGGAACAAUGGUCGUGCCAAAAAGGGCCGCAGCCACGUGCAGCCUAUUCGCUGCACUAACUGUGCCCGAUGCGUGCCCAAGGACAAGGCCAUUAAGAAAUUCGUCAUUCGAAACAUAGUGGAGGCCGCAGCAGUCAGGGACAUUUCUGAAGCGAGCGUCUUCGAUGCCUAUGUGCUUCCCAAGCUGUAUGUGAAGCUACAUUACUGUGUGAGUUGUGCAAUUCACAGCAAAGUAGUCAGGAAUCGAUCUCGUGAAGCCCGCAAGGACCGAACACCCCCACCCUGAUUUAGACCUGCGGGUGCUGCCCCACGUCCCCCACCAAAGCCCAUGUA